CUUGAAUGGAAGGGGGUUUGCUGUCUCUUGUCUUUUCCGUGGAGUUUUAUUUCGAGGUCUUAGCCUCUCAUCCAAAGGGCACACACUGGCUUUGGGAACCUGUUGACUGCAAGCUAAGGGAAGAUAACUCUCUGUAAUAAUUUCUCUGGCACUUUGCUGAGAUUAUCUACUCAUUUUAUCUUUGGUUCGUGUAACUUGUUCCAAGUGCUAAAUAAAGAUUAAUAACUUAAUCAUUUUGACGAAUUCGAGUAACGUUCUGAUUUAAGUAAGCAGGAUUAUUUAGGAUUAAUACGAAAGAGUUUGGCGUCAAAAGUGACGCUUUGAAAUAUCGCUAAUUAAAAAUAAAGACACAUAUUAUCUUCUUAGAUACAGUCUAAUAAAUCUUAAAAAACACACAAGAAGUGUCCACUAAGUAUUUUAAACAACAAUAACAAUAAAGGUAUUUGUGAACAAAAAAAAAGUAUAGACUGGUACUAGCAAGAUAGACCCGUCGUUUCUGUGAUAAGAUAAGCAAAGCUGCUUCAAGCUACGAUCCUGUGAAUCAAUGAGUGGCAGGGAUUAUAGGAUGUUGUCAUCAGUACAUCUCGGGUCUAUUCAAAUGGUGGAGCGUCCCAACGCGAGACUAUUGGCCGAUGUGGACCGUCAAUUUAUUCACCCAGCUCUAAAGCCUGCAUACGGUGCCCCAGAUCAAGGGAGAAGAUCUUCUCGCCCUGAAGCAUCAACCUCUUCCCCUGGGUCACUCCAAGUCAGGCCAGUCUUCCCUGGGCUACCCAUCUCAGCUUUGUCUCCAAAUAUGAACGUCUUGUCAGCAGCUGGGGGGGUGGCUAUUUCCGGUUCCUCGACUGGAAUGAUGUCCCCUUUUUUCCCUUACCCUAGUCUUUUGUCGGCCACUGAUGAACUGAAAUACCUGAGCAUGGCCCAGAUCCAAGCUGCCAAUCAGGCACAUUUUGUAGGGGAGCUGACUAAGAUGAAGCAGCCGAUGCUGACGAAGAAUUACUUGGAGUUGGCCAUGUUGGUGUGUAAUACGUUUAGGGGCAAGCUAUUUCCGUGCCCGCACUGCCGCUACGUCACCGACAGGAGGAACAACCUGAAACGUCACGUGGCCACCAUGCACCAGGCCUGCGACAAACAGCUGGAGUGCUGCGGCGUUACCUUUGCCACCAAGGCGUCUCUCCGCGAGCACAUCACAAUCUUUCACCACAACGGCUACUCCUGCCCGUUCUGCGGUCGCCGCUUCUGCAGGAAAGCUCUGCUGAAGAGGCACCUGUCCGUUCAUAGCGGGCAGAAAGAUUACACGUGCCCCCAUUGUGAUUACGCUACUAGCCACAAGAGCAACCUGGAGCGACACAAGAGGAUUCACGCUAGGCUUCAGAUCAUGGGCGAAUCCGGACUGGAGGACAUCCCGAGGGACGUCAACGCAAUGUUUUCGGAGAGCGGCCUACACUCUGUGGAAUCCCACAUCAGUGAGCUGGAACGGCACGCCCCUGUAAGCCAGCACUGUGUUCACGAAACCGAAAAGCAUCACUGGACGGACUAUCGUAAUGAGGAGUCCGUCAGAGAUUCCAUGGAGCGUACCGAUGACCCAGAGGACUGUGAUGUGGACAUUGAUGACGACAGUGAGGACGAUGAAAUGUAUGACCGAAGCCUUGCAGUGGAGGGGCAGGGCAAAAGCUUCCAAUCCCCAGCUGGACACUUCUGUGACGUCCCGAAAACUGAGCACCCAGUAAAUUUGGUCACCGAGAGCAACGCUAGGGCGACGGCCGCCGCCCAGCUGGUAUCUAGGCUCACUCACGGCUUCGCGGUUCCACUCCUGGGCAGAGACAGCACAAAAUAGUCAGUGAAUCUUACGGCUGCGUCGUGCUAACAUAAAACAAACCUAACUUCUGGGAUAUCAAGCUUUAUACACACAAAGUUAUUAAGAAACUAAACUUUAUUUUCCAGCAAUGUAUAAUAUUAUUGACCAACAGUUGUAGAACUCCAUACCAGGCCCGAAUUCAAGAGUGUGCAAGGUCUGCUUACAGUGCUGAAGGGGUCUCCUGAUUCUACACGCAUUAUUGCUAAGCGCUGUUCUGUCUGAAUAAUUAUUUUCUUCUUCUAAAUAUUUGUUGGAAAUCGCUUGGCAGGGAGAUCACACCGCUCUCUUUAACUCUAACACUUAACAGGAAGUGACGACCGUGCUAAGACAUAGUUACUUAUAGAUCCUGAAAGGAAAGCGGGCAGUAUUUCACAGCACUCCCCUGACACCUUUAACGGCAGACGCUAACGGGGGCCUCAACAUUCCAAAUUGAAGGUCUGCAAGUAUCAGAUACGAUUGGAGGAUAAAAUAUUUUUUCUCAUUUUUUUUAAAACCGCUUCGGUCUGUGUUGAAUUAUUUAAAAGACUUAACAUUGACAGUACUCUAUAUGAGAUUGUCAGAAGGAACUGAAUGAGGGAGGAUAACCCCUGAUCUAUUUUGACGUUGCGAACUGAAGUUAUCAGUUGAGCGUGAUCUUAUUUUUCAGUAGAAUAUUAACAUCCAUCUUCUAUUUUGUGAAAUCGUAAAAGAACUGACUGCAACUGAACUAUGAAAUGUGAACAUUUUCGGUGGGAAUCUGCUGUCGUCCUGCUGAGGAUGCGUCACGUGGUCUAUCACAUGACAAUCUUGGACGUCGCAGUGUGUGCAGGCCACCACAAUGACCUAUCACCACAGUUCUGUUAAUUUGGUUCUGGAAAUUUUCUGGAAAUCUUUUGCACAAAAAUUUCAGAUCUCGUAUUCCGGAAAACUUGAGUCUAACAAAAUUAUAUCUGAGAGAAAUGUAUCAAAUCAAAUAAAAACAAUCAAUUUUUGGACCCGAAGUGAACAGAGACUUACAACUUUUAGUAUCAGAGGCCGUCUCGAAUCAACUAAACAUAAACUACAUUUUCAUUGUAAAAAAAAACA